AACGGCUCGCGUUCGGCCAGAUGCGCGCAGCGCGCACCCCUUCGGCUGGCUCCAACCCUUCCCCCCCCCCUCUCCCCCUCAGUGAAUAAUAGACGGCGAAUUCGCGACCUGACCUCGACCCCUCUCUCUCCGCUCACGUAGAGACUUGGCUACAGUAUAUACGUAUAUAGCCCGAGCUUGCGCGCGGCUCCGUCGUCGUCGGGGGAAGCCAGUCUACUCUCUCUCUCUCUCUCUCUCUCUCUCUCUCUGUCCGCUCGACACACAAGCAGUCGUCGCCAUGGAGUCGAGCGGACGACCGAUGGCCCUUUGUCCUCGUCCACGAGAUGCUCCUCGACCUUUUCGCUCUUGCCCCGAGAUGUACCGGCUGUGGGAGAAGAGGAAUUUCCAGCGGAGCGCCUACAUAAUGUCGGGCACGCGUUGAGCCAACGUCUUCGAAAGCUCAGGAGCUUGCGAGAGAGGGAGGAAAACAAAGGAAAUAUUAGCUGCCGAGGGAGGCCGCACACGACUGACGAUGUGUAAUGCGGAGGAAAAUCGCGAGGAGCGGCCCUUCUUGAAAAUGUUCAGAAGCAGCAGAGACUCGUGGUAGCAUGAGCCCGGGGCCUAGAGAACCGGGUCGAGUGCGUCGUCAUCUUCCUCGGCAGCAGCAGCAGCUCGUUAUCGGCAGGCGCCGAUGAUAAAGCCUCGAGGCAGUAGUGCAGGCCUCACCCCCCCCCCCCCCACUCCUUCCUUCCGUCAUGAGGACAACGAUUUUUUGAGCAGAAGCAGAAGAAGACAGAUAGACAGACGCAUAUAAGCGGAGAGAGUGCAGUGUGUAUAGUGCGCGCAUUCGGGGAGAGGACGGCCGCAUCAUUUACCCAAGCGUGUCCGUGAUCCUCGGGGCACGCAGGCAGGCGGCCACCGUCACCGCCAACAGCUGGCUACUUCACCCCAAUCUCACCCAGGGUGAAGCAGGCGCGAUGAGCAGCAGCAGCAGCAGCAGCGCAAACUACGGCUUCGGCGUGGGUCUGGCGGCUGGAGGCGCGAGUACGGCAGUGGCGCAGCAGGGCCAAGGUAUCGCGGCCCUCCUGGUCAUGCUAGCCGUGCUGUGCUUCAUCUUCGCCUACUGCUGUUGGGGCGCGCCGUUCUGCCGCUCGAUCUGCCGACGACACUGCUGCUGUCGCCUCGAGGACACGGACUCGGAGUCCGGUGGAUUCGGACCUUCCUCGACCUUGUCCGGAGCCAAUGGGACGACCAACGGGGACCAGGCUGUGCUGGCCACGCCGACGAUCAUACUGCUGCCGCACGGAAGGAUGCUCGUCGUUGAUGGGACGAUCUUCACGCAGUUCCAGGCGGAGAACACUGGCUUGGAUCUGGUGGAGCUCGGCGAGAGCGUGAUGCGCGCACAAAGAAAUCCUUCGGGCGUCGUGUCUCGGCACCAGCUGCAGAACAGCCAGGGCAGUAUAAUCGAAAUGGACGCGGAAACACCCGGUAAAGAUAGCAUGGGCUCGCUCGGCUGCUUCCCGCCGCCCACCUACGAGAGCAUUUACGGCAAAGAGGAGGCCGGAGAUAUGCCGCCGUCGUACUCCGACAUUCUCCUGCACAGAUUCGCCAACCUGCCGUACGAGAUCGAGAUGCAGGACUACAGCGGAGCCGCCGGGGCUGCCAACGGCCACGACAUCAAGGAGGAGAUCGAGCUGCGCAGUCUGGAGAACUGCCCGCACAUAAUCGGCAAUCCGAUCAACAGCCUGACCUACCCCUACGCUGCGGCGGCUCUCGCGGGCUGCUACUCCAGCCAGAGUCUGCCGCGGCGCAACCCCUCGCUCAUCAGCAAUCCUCUCGACAGCUACUGCGUAGACAACGAACUCGCGAGUCUGCGCCACUUGGCUCACGAGCAGCAGAGACGUCGAAGCGCCUCGACGAGCACCGCCACGAGGGCCAGGAACAGCCCGAGGUCGCGCAGAACCUCGCUGCAGUACUGCGAAGACGAAGCCGCAGCCGCGCAGAGGAGGGACUCGAGGAUCAACGUCGACGACCUGCCGACGACUGCCGACAACGUUAUGGACAACCGAUACUCUCAUCCGUGGGACGACGCGAUGAACUCCCGCAACAGCGCCAGAAGCGACCGAGGCGACGACGAGCUGGACGACAUACCUCGCUCGAAUCUCGUCUACGUGAGAUCUCGAAGAUCCGAAGACGACGAGCCUCUGAGAGUGCCUCGGGAGAGCAGGAUAUCUAGCGAAGCGCCAAUCAGCUGGAACCUCGACGAUCUGGACGUGCGAUACGGCUCGGAGCUCGAGGCUGCUAGCAGCGUCGGGCCACAGGGCAGCGAGUGCGACGAAGCUGCAGCGGAUGAGGAGCCCGGCAACUUCCAGACACUCGCCGACAUUCGCGAGAGCAGAGUCUAGAAAAGAUAAAUCAUUCAUGUAAACGAAUUUCUCAAGACUGUAUACGUAUGGUGCUAAACAUACACACACACACGCGCGAGUUUAUUUUCGAGUCAAAGUGCGAAUCGAAUGUGUAUUGUAAAUUUUCAUUUAAACACUGUAAGUCUGUAAUCAAAAUGUCUAUACAUCCCUAAGUUGUAAGGAUAAUUUUCGAACGAAUGCGGCGAGAAUUCGACAAGCGUUAUUUUUUUAAGAGUCGAACGAGUUUUUGGGUUUUCUUUUUUACAAACGUAAGUGCAUAAGUAUAUACAUCGACGAGUCUACAAAUCUGUACAGUCAAAAUGACCAAUGACCAAUUAGUCGCAGCAGCUCUCUUAUAGUUUGGUACACCGAAAAUGAAGAGACCACCCGACAAUUAGAUACAACGGACGAAAAUCAACAAUAUCGCAAAGUCGUUAGAACGGUCCGUCCAAAGACUUGCGCAGAAUUUUUCAAGCGGUCAACGACCGGGCAGCAUACCUUAGCUUAUUUUUUUAAAUGUUCUCAGAGACACAUUAACGUUGACGAAGUUAUAUAUAUAUAUAUAGUUUGGGAAGAGGUCUCCAUCGCCUCUUUCCCUCCGGACGACGAGAGAUAGAGCUGUGUGAUCGCAGCAGAACAAUCUGUUAAACAGUACGUGUACUAUCAUCCAACGAAAAACAAGAAACGACUCGUGUAUGUAACUUAUAUGCAUGCGGAAGCUCAAAAUCUCUGGCACAAAUCUAAUGUAGCAUAUUUAUGUACAUGAAACUCAAAUACUAUUUGUGUAAGGCAUUAUCAUUAUGCGCACUAUUAAUGUUAGCGAUAAGCCAAAUCUGAAUUAACUGUUAAUAUAUGGAAAUAAAAUACGAAGAAAAUUGA